GUGGCCACAGGCUGACAGAUGUGCACGCCGUAACAUGGGCCCAUGGUGGCAGUGAGAGAGCAAGGAACUAGCCUUCAGCCACCCAGCCUGUCAGUGCUCCAGCCUGGGUCCCACACUAACAGCAAGUGGAAGGCAAGGAGGGACUGGGACCUGCAACCUGGAAAAUGGUGUCCCUCUGAAGAGCCCCUGAGCCCACUGGCACCCCUGGGAGGGAUCCCUUGCCCAUGUGCUGGCUGCCUUGAGUCUUUGGGGCCACACAGCCUCCCGUCCGCAUCUCCAGGGCUCUGGCCCUGUCCAGCCCCUGGACCAGCUCCCAAGCCUAUUCCUCACCCCAGUCUGGGCUGAGGGGACUCCUCAAGCUUCAG